CAUCGCAACAUAUAGCGCCAUUAGCACAAUAUGGCGGUACGGAGCGGUGUUUGAUGCGGCGCGUGAGGUGCGUUCCUAGCGUGCCUGGCAGCGGGACAAUAAUCGACGCUAAAUUACCGUAAGGUGGACGCAAUCGAUCAGUGAAGGUUCGGCUUAGACAAAGGUGCGCGAAAAUCAUCAAAAUGUCCAAGCCGGACGAGAAUGCAGACACCGGUGACACGGGGGACAACUCUAACGGCUCCUCGGCGGAGACCACGUCGUCGAGAGGCGGCGAUUUCGAGACGAAGCUGGAGACGGAUCGCAGCAAGCGAUUCGACUAUCUGUUGAAACAGACUGAGAUAUUCUCGCACUUUAUGACAAACAACCAGAAGGACAAGGCCGGCAGUCCCCUGAAGGUUAAAGCCGGCAGGCCGCGGAAACAACCGGAGAAUCCCAAGUCGGAUUCCGGCGAUCAUAGGCACCGUAAGACCGAGCAAGAGGAGGAUGAGGAACUGUUGGCGGAGAGCAACGCUAGCGUGGCGCCCACCACGCGUUUCGAGUCGUCGCCGCACUACAUCAAGUCGGGUGAGCUGCGGGACUACCAGAUACGCGGCCUAAAUUGGAUGAUAUCGCUCUACGAGAACGGCAUAAACGGCAUCCUAGCGGACGAGAUGGGCCUCGGCAAAACUCUGCAAACCAUCUCCCUGUUAGGCUAUAUGAAACACUUUCGAAGCAUUCCUGGCCCUCAUAUUGUUAUCGUGCCAAAGUCUACGUUAGCCAACUGGAUGAACGAAUUCAAGAAGUGGUGUCCCACCCUGAGGGCAGUCUGCCUGAUUGGUGACGCAGAAACCAGAAACACUUUUAUCAGAGACGUUAUGAUGCCUGGCGAAUGGGAUGUGUGUGUGACGUCCUAUGAGAUGGUGAUCAAAGAGAAAUCGGUGUUCAAGAAGUUUAACUGGCGUUACAUGGUGAUAGAUGAGGCACACAGAAUCAAGAACGAGAAGUCAAAGUUAUCAGAGAUCUUGAGAGAGUUCAAAACUGCCAAUCGACUUUUGCUGACCGGUACUCCCUUACAGAACAAUCUCCACGAACUGUGGUCCCUCCUGAAUUUCCUUCUUCCAGAUGUUUUCAACAGUUCAGAUGACUUUGACUCGUGGUUCAACACAAACAGCUUCCUGGGCGACAAUUCUCUGGUGGAGAGACUGCACGCUGUGCUGAGACCAUUCCUGCUGAGACGGCUGAAAUCUGAGGUGGAAAAGGGGCUCAAACCCAAGAAGGAGAUCAAAGUAUACAUCGGCCUGAGCAAGAUGCAGAGGGAGUGGUAUACCAAGGUGCUGAUGAAAGACAUUGAUAUCGUGAACGGCGCGGGUAAGAUAGAGAAGAUGAGGCUGCAGAACAUUUUGAUGCAGCUACGUAAGUGCUGCAAUCACCCGUACCUGUUCGACGGCGCCGAGCCGGGGCCGCCGUACACCACCGACGAGCACCUCGUGUACAACUGCGGCAAGAUGGUGAUACUCGACAAGCUGUUGCCAAAGCUGCAGCAGCAGGAGUCUCGAGUUCUAAUAUUCAGCCAAAUGACGAGAAUGCUCGACAUCCUGGAGGACUACUGCCACUGGCGAACGUUCCAGUAUUGUCGGCUGGACGGCAACACCGCUCACGAGGAUCGACAACGGCAGAUCAACGAGUACAACGCACCCGGCAGCGAGAAGUUCAUCUUCAUGCUGUCGACUCGCGCGGGCGGCCUGGGCAUCAAUCUGGCGACCGCAGAUGUUGUCAUCAUCUACGAUUCCGACUGGAAUCCGCAGAUGGACCUGCAGGCAAUGGACCGCGCGCACCGUAUCGGCCAGCAAAAGCAAGUGCGGGUCUUCAGGUUCAUUACGGAGAACACGGUAGAGGAAAAGAUCGUCGAGCGGGCUGAGGUGAAGCUGCGGCUGGACAAGCUGGUUAUCCAGCAGGGCCGGCUGGUGGACGCGAAGCAGACGGCCUUGAACAAGGACGAGAUGUUGAAUAUGAUUAGGCACGGCGCGAACGAGGUGUUCGCCUCCAAGGACAGCGCCAUCACGGACGAAGACAUUGACACGAUAUUGCAGAAAGGCGAGGCUAAGACUGAGGAGAUGAAGCAGAAACUCGAGAGCUUAGGCGAGUCUUCGUUGCGCAACUUCACGGUCGACGCGCCCACGGACUCGGUGUAUCAAUUCGAGGGCGAGGAUUACCGCGAGAAGCAGAAGAUACUUGGCCUGGGCAACUGGAUCGAGCCGCCUAAGCGCGAGCGCAAAGCCAAUUACGCGGUCGACGCUUACUUCCGCGAAGCGCUGCGCGUGUCAGAGCCAAAGGCACCGAAAGCUCCAAGGCCUCCGAAGCAGCCAAUAGUUCAGGACUUCCAAUUCUUCCCGCCGCGCUUGUUCGAACUCUUGGACCAGGAAAUUUAUUAUUUCAGGCAAACGGUCGGCUACAAGGUCCCCAAGAACCCUGAAUUAGGUUCAGACGCUGCCCGGAUCCAGAAGGACGAGCAGCGCAAGAUCGACGACGCCCAGCCGCUCACCGACGAGGAGGUCGCCGAGAAGGAGAAGCUGCUUCUUCAGGGCUUUACCAACUGGACCAAGCGGGACUUCAAUCAGUUCAUCAAGGCGAACGAAAAAUACGGUCGCGACGAUAUCGAGAAUAUCGCCAAGGAAGUCGAGGGAAAAACCCCGGAGGAGGUGAUGGAAUACUCGGCCGUCUUCUGGGAACGUUGUCAUGAGCUACAGGAUAUAGAUCGCGUGAUGGCGCAGAUCGAGCGCGGAGAGGCGAAGAUACAGAGGCGCGCCGGUAUCAAGAAGGCGUUGGACGCCAAAAUGGCCCGAUACCGCGCGCCUUUCCACCAACUCAGGAUAGCGUACGGCACGAACAAGGGCAAGAACUACACCGAGGAGGAGGAUCGGUUCCUCGUCUGCAUGCUGCACAAGCUCGGCUUCGACAAGGAGAACGUGUACGAGGAGCUGCGCGCCACGGUGAGGUCGGCGCCGCAGUUUCGAUUCGACUGGUUCGUCAAAUCCCGCACCGCACUCGAGUUGCAGCGCCGCUGCAACACCUUGAUCACCCUGAUCGAGCGCGAGAACCAGGAGCUGGAGGAGCGUGAGAGGCAAGAGAGGAGAAAGAAGGGCGGCAGCAUAGGUACGAAGCCGACGUCGAAGCGGAAGCAGGAGAAUCUGCCGGCGCCUCAGGACAAACCACGGAAAAAGAAGAAGUAAAUCGUCGUUAGCGCGACCUCCUCGCCGGACUCUUCUACUCUUCUUUUUUAAGACUCUCUUUGAUCACUCCGCAGACGCGACUCCUUUACGACUGAAAUAUGGAUCAUAGGUAUCCAUCACGAGAGAGAGAGCGAGAAAGAGAACGCUUUUUUCUAUAUUUACAAUUUACUCCUCUCGAGCGCAUCGAUUUUGUAAACACCGACUCCAUGACUCCCACCUAUUUCAUAUUUCAUCGUAAUGAGGCACACAUACACAUAUUUUUGGUGAACGUGUAUUGCUUUGGAAAAGAAGCUAUCAAAAUGUAAAAAGUGCAAUUGCAUUAUAAAUACACAAUAUCGAAACCCGAAUAUCGAUAAUGUCUUGAAAUUUUUCCGUCAUUUUAUCAAAAUUAAAAUUGUCAAAAUAUUAUAAUUGUGUCAUUAUACUACCGAGUGUAUCGAUGUCUGCUUAUUUGGAUACAGCAAGAAUGUAUCAAAAUAAGUAGAUAUUGUAGCACCUGUUGUACGCAUUGUUUUCGUGGUGAUUGUUCUUUCUUAGGAAAAUUAUAUUUUAGGAUAUUGCCUCGAUAUGUAUGCACAGAUUUCGAUAUUAUGACUUUUCGGGGAUUGUGUCGCUGCACCCGAAUUUUGACAUCGGCCCUUAUUCUGAGCUUUCUUUCACCGAUAAAAGUGUCCCUCUAGAUGUGCUCAUUAGUCAACCAAAAGGUUUAUGAGUCACACAUUUAGGGCCGAUUCCAACUUCUUAGUAAGUUAAAUGAUAGUUAAAUCAUGUCUAUCUUUAUUUUCCCUUCAAUUUAGACAAGACAUGAUUUAACCAACAGUUAAUUUACUAAGAAGUUAAAACAACCGGUCUUUAGGGACACUUAUUAGGUAAAGGAGUCGAGACUAAGGGCCUCUUAUUUUACGGAGCAUAGCACGUCUCACCACGUUUUUUGGACAAUUGUCGCCGAAUUCGUUAAGGUCCAACGAACGAUUUCACAUGUUUGUAAUGACGAAUUGUUAUAGGUAAUUUAUCAGCUCGUAGAAAUACGUAUCUGUGUAAUGUGUCGGGCGUGAGUAGAUUCAAGCUAGAUCUCGCUUAGUGCCGCAGGAACGUCGACUAGACUUUUAGCAUUUCCCAACGGGCGUGGAUAGAAUUACAGUCAUUGCGAGUGCUUUUUUCCCCGUAUGCUCAGUGUUGAUGGAUGCCAGGAUAUGAGACGUAAUAGAGAGACAGAGAGGAUGCUAUUUAUUUCUUCGGAUCUAACGAGCCGUGUAAGUUGUUUCAUCAUCGAUCGAAAAUCUUCUUUUACUUCUUAUUCGAUUGGACGAACCUUAGGAUUACGUAUUACCGAAUAUAUUUCGUGCGUUACUUAUUCUUAGCGUCCCAGAUAGGGUGAGAAGAAUGAUUCCUGUUCGAAACUUACGCUAGUUUAUAAUAAUGCGGCUCAUAUAAUUAUGUCGUGUGUUAUAACAUUCGAUUUAUUGGCGGAAAAAAUGUCGGGAGAUGUUUUGUUGCUACGGCAUAUAAUUGGCAAGUAUAUGCUCGCUAUCAAGCGAGCAUAGAUAUUAUAUCUAAACGAAUAUUUUAUUUGAGAAAUUACUCGCGAGAAUUGCGCGGGAAUAUUGAGAUAACGGUAAAUAUAUUUCUACUUUUUGGAAAUCUUAUCUCAGAAUUCGGCUAGCGCCUUAAUCGAGUAUCAAAUCCAAACGCUUCUCCUAAAGAUGUAUUACUUAGAUCAUUUUGAUAUUUAAGUUUACACACGUAUGCACACAAGCGCACACACACACAUACACACGAAAGAAUUCGUUCUGCAAAAGAUACAGUUCGAAAUUUUCGAUAAUAAAUAAAUCUUAUCACGAA